AAAUCUGCUACCUCAACAAUACCACCAUUGUGUACCAAAUGCACCACAACAAAUGUACUCUCUCUUUCUCCCUUCCAGACGCGUGUGGCAUCAACCUACUGCAAUCCCACUCUCCUCACAAGUAGCACAAGAAUACAUGUCCUGCACUCCACAAUUUGCAAUGUCAUCAACACAAGGAACAUCAACAUCAUUCCCUGGAGUCUCACCAUACUUCCAGUUCCGAUGGCUUCUUGGUAGAGUAGGAACCUCCCAAAAGAUGUGUCGUCUCCGCCAUCAUUUCCCUGUACAAGCAUCCACUUCGUCUUCCCCCAUCUUUCCCUUCGAUAGAACCUUCACAAUCUCUCGUUGUCUCUUCGCUUCUCUUUGUUUAGAUUGGAGCUCCUCCCUCUCACGCAAAUAUGGAGAGGGUUAUCGUCACAGAGGGCCUUCGUCCACUCCUUUCUAAUCCCCAAGCCCGGCUCUUCCACCCCGUCCACGCUAUCAGAAGCCGCCUAUCCGCCGCCGUCUGUCUCCCUUCCCUUGGCCUCGGAGCUCGACCCCCGACCUCCUCCUUCUACGGCUUCAGCUCUGAGAAUAAGAAGCCAUCGUUUCCGGGUUGGGGGACCGCCGAUGAGCACGAAAGGCGGCUCCUUCACCCACGGCUCUGCAGAAAACAGAGGAAAGCUCCGUUUUUUAGAGCUGGCGCGGCGAUCUCGGCUGGCGGAGACGGCGUUAUCGACGAUAAAGAGAAGCCCAAGUUCUUAGGCGUCGAGUUAGUGACGCUUAAGAAGAUAAUUCCCCUCGGGAUGAUGUUCUUCUGCAUUAUCUUCAACUACACGUUCCUGCGCGACACCAAGGACGUCCUGGUGGUGACGGCCAACGGGAGCGGCGCGGAGAUCAUACCCUUCCUGAAGACGUGGGUGAACCUGCCCAGGGCGGUGGGCUUCAUGCUGCUGUACACCAAGCUCGCCAACGUGCUGUCAAAGGAGGCUCUUUUCUACACGGUUAUCGUCCCUUUCAUUGCCUUCAGGUUCGUCUUGUAUCCCCUCAUCAGCGUCAUCCACCCCACAGCGCUCGCGGAUAAGCUUCCGGCGGCGCUCGGCCCGAGCUUCCUCGGCCCCGUUGCUAUCUUGAGGAGUUGGAGCUUCUGCCUUUUCUAUGCGAUGGCAGAGCUCUGGGGUAGAGUUGUCAUCUGGGUUCUCUUCUGGGAGUUUGCCAAUCAGGAUGGCAUCUGCUUGAUGUGUUUGUCUUCUUGCACUAAACCAUCUCAAGUGAUGUGAUUCCUCAUAGUUGUCUGCGAAUUGCGCCAACCCAGAAUGGAGUAAGAAGGGUAGCAUGAGAUGAAACAGAUGAGUAGAAUUGAAAUAUGCAGUGCAGUACAGUAAAUUAGCUUUCUGUUCCUUAAGAUAAAAUGGGCCAUUUGGGUAAAAGUGUCAGUAGAAAUUGAGAGGAAAGAGAUUAGAAUAUUACUUCUA